CCUCAGAGAGUCACAUGCUUGUCAACUCUACUCCCCAGGUUGGCAGCGUGCGGUGCUUUAGACUUCAGCCACUUGAAGCUCCUAACCAUCUUGUAGGAAUGGGACCACGUCCCUACAAGGGUGGUCGGAGUGAGCACCAUCCAUAUGACUAGGGAGUACGGCCCACGCUAGAUGCAACCCAACUACUUUGCCCCACUUGGUUACAGGCCCACGGGACUGGACCCGGCGAUAGGAUUGUAUAAAGUAAUCAAUAUAAACAUAUUAAAAAAGUUAUGUUUCGUCCAUGUGGGAGGGAUGGGAUUUCUUCUUCCUUAAACCAAAUCAAAACUUGUUCUUCUCAGUUAGUGUAAAAAUCAAUCUCAGAUGCUAUCCUACUCUCCACUCCUCAUCUCACUGCACAACAGACUCAGAGACACAAAAAAACCUCUUUUUCCCUCUCCACCAAGGAACCCACUCACCGGCGGCGGCGCAGUUGCAUCGUCCUCUAAGAUCAUGUAUCUAGGAUUAGAUACUGUACCAGUUCUUGUUGGUCCAGUGUCUUACUUGUUGCUAUCAAAACCAGCAAAAGGUGUUGAGAAGUCCUUCUCUCUUCUUUCCCUCAUUGGAAAUAUUCUUUCAGUCUACAAGGAGGUUGUGGCUGAACUAAAGGCUGCAGGUGCCACUUGGAUUCAGUUUGAUGAGCCCACCCUUGUGAAGGAUCUUGAUUCUCACCAAUUACAAGCAUUUACUCAUGCCUACUCAGAACUAGAGUCAUCUUUGUCUGGUUUGAAUGUUAUAAUUGAAUCAUAUUUUGCUGAUGUUCCUGCCGAGGCAUACAAAACACUUACCUCUCUAAAGGGUGUAGCUGGGUAUGGCUUUGACCUGGUCUGUGGAACAAAGAUCCUUGAUUUGAUCAAGAGUGGAUUUCCUUCUGGAAAAUACUUGUUUGCUGGAGUGGUAGAUGGGCGCAAUAUAUGGGCCAACGAUCUUGCAUCUUCCAUCAGUACCCUAGAGGCACUUGAGGGUAUUGUUGGAAAAGACAAGGUUGUUGUCUCUACAUCCUGCUCUCUUCUACACACUGCGGUUGAUCUUGUGAAUGAGACUAAGUUAGAUGCGGAGAUCAAGUCAUGGCUUGCAUUUGCUGCUCAAAAAGUAGUUGAAGUAAAUGCCCUGGCUAAGGUAUUGUCUGGACACAAGGAUGAGGCUUUCUUUGCUGCCAAUGCAGCAGCUCAAGCUUCAAGAAAAUCUUCAACUAGGGUAACAAAUGAGCAUGUUCAAAAAUCAGCUGCUGCUUUGAAGGGCUCUGACAACCGUCGAGCAACAAAUGUGAGUGUCAGGCUGGAUGCCCAGCAGAAAAAGUUGAGCCUUCCUGUUCUUCCAACUACCACAAUUGGAUCCUUCCCUCAGACCAUGGAUCUCAGAAGAGUCCGUCGUGAAUACAAGGCUAAAAAAGGAAUGAUAUGUUUGAGUACUUUGGAGAGCAAUUAUCUGGCUUUGCCUUCACUGUCAAUGGGUGGGUUCAGUCUUAUGGAUCUCGCUGUGUCAAGCCACCUAUCAUCUAUGGUGAUGUCAGUCGCCCCAAGGCCAUGACAGUCUUCUGGUCCUCAUUAGCUCAGAGUUUGACUAAGCGCCCAAUGAAAGGAAUGCUCACUGGUCCUGUAACGAUUUUGAAUUGGUCUUUCGUUAGAAAUGAUCAACCAAGGUCUGAGACCUGCUAUCAAAUUGCUUUGGCGAUUAAGGAUGAAGUUGAGGAUCUUGAAAAGGCUGGAAUUACUGUUAUCUAGAUUGAUGAGGCUGCUUUAAGAGAAGGUUUGCCUCUUAGGAAGUCCGAGCAGGCUUUCUAUCUUGAUUGGGCCGUUCACUCCUUCAGAAUCACCAACUGUGGUGUCCAAGAUACUACUCAGAUUCACACCCACAUGUGCUACUCAAAUUUCAAUGGCAUCAUCCACUCGAUAAUCAACAUGGAUGCUGAUGUGAUUACCAUCGAGAACUCAAGAUCUCAUGAGAAGCUUCUGUCUGUGUUUCGAGAGGGAGUGAAGUAUGGCGCUGGCAUUGGCCCUGGUGUGUAUGACAUCCACUCACCAAGGAUCCCAUCUGCAGAAGAAAUCGCUGACCGGAUCAAUAAGAUGCUUGCUGUCUUGGAGACUAACAUUCUGUGGGUCAACCCUGAUUGCGGACUCAAGACUCGCAAAUAUACUGAAGUGAAGCCUGCCCUUAGCAACAUGGUUGCUGCUGCCAAGCUUCUCCGCUCCCAGCUGGCCAGUGCUAAGUGAGCUCGUUUUCUGCCAUUGUCUGCUAUGGCUUUGCACUCCGGUAUAGGUUUUUCCAAGAUCCUCGUCAUAGCCGGAACAGGGUACACUACCACUGUUUUGUUCAAUAACCAUAAAUUAUCGGACUUGCUCGGAGAGAAGCUUUUCUCAGAAGCUAGAGAGAGAAACAAAAUCAGCAGAGUAAAGAGAGAGAGAGCUUCGAUCGACAAUGGUGUAUUGGGUUUGUAUUUCCUUUCUCAUUUGCAUUCUCUUUGUUUCAUCGUUGAAUGGAUACAUCUCUUAUGACGGAGUUUCUCAGGAAGUCCGGCGGUGCCGCCGUUAUCGACGGCGGACUCGCCACAGAGCUCGAACGCCAUGGCGCGGACCUCAACGAUCCUCUAUGGAGCGCCAAAUGCCUUCUCACUUCCCCUCACCUUAUUCGUGGGGUACUCUUUCUACCUUU